AUGGCCCAAAUUAAUCGAUGGUUGAACCUUCAUCCUGAUCUUCUGUAUCAAAUUACGGAGCAUCUAUAUCCGUGGCUGUUGUUACCCGGCACUACUCACGGCUCUUCUUUGAGCCAUAUUCUUGAAAAGGAGCAGAUCUACCAUGUUAUGUUCUCCGAUUUUGAUGUUAAAGACAACUUAAUUUAUGGUUCUGGCUAUGGAUGGUUGAUUACUGUUGUUAUAUCCGGAGGAGCAAUACGAAUGUUGAAUCCUUUUACUAAAUCUCAUCUUGAUCUUCCUCCAAUUUCAACUUUUCCAGAUGUGGUUCGUUAUCAACGUGACUGGUGGCGGUGGCGCGGGGGUGAAUAUAUUCUGGUGGAACUUAGUGACGGUUGGAUAUAUACUAUUGACGCCAUUACUUUUCAUAAGAAUGAGAUUUGGAAGAUUGUGAUAUCCUCCCCUCCUGAGAAUGACGAUUUCAUGGCAGUGGCUAUAUAUGGAGAGUGCGGCAAGUUGGCCGUUUGUAAGCUGAAUGACAAGAGAUGGACAGAAAUUCCAAUGGAAGAGAUAUCGCCAUUCUUUCAAGAUGUCAUAUUUUUCCAAGACAAGAUAUACGCUGUAGACUUUGAUACAAAUCUGUAUGAGUUUGAUAAGAAGGUCAUUAUGGACGAAAGGGAAGAAGCCCCAGCCUCAACUCUGGCCGCUACUGUCCUCCAUUGGAGGAAUAUGUGA